AUGUCGGAAAGGAAAGUUCGUGGAAAAACCUUUUCAUUGUUGGAGGAGCAUAUCCCCAUUGAUCUUGUGGAUAGUAUGAAGCACAUUUUGGAAAAUAAGAAGAGUGAUGCCGAUACCUGGAAGGAGAAAGCAGAUGCCUGGGAACGUCUUGCUGAGAAAUUCGCUGCCCAAUCUGGAAUAGAGCGGACGUGGAAAACAUUGAGGGACAAAUAUGACCACCUAAAUAAGAAAACCCGAAGUGAAUUUGCUGCCGAGAAGCUCGAAAGAUACCGCACUGGUGGAGGAGUCGCGUCUUCCACUUCUGUUUCCGCAAUCUCCGAAAAGAUAGGAGCCAUAAUCCAAACGGCAAGUACGCUGGAUAGUUUUAAUAACGUUUAUAAUAACUUUCUAAUCUGCAGCAUAUCUACGUUCGAUCGACGAUAA